AUGAAAGAUGAGUUGGAUACGUUUGUUCAAAUUUGUAAAAACGGAAAUGGAUCUUUAGAGCAAAUUUAUUGGUCUAAAAAGCCCACCGUGUCACUAUAUUACCUGAUACUCGAAAGAACUAAUGAUUGUGGAAAACGGGCAAUCAAAAAGCAAAAUGUUGAAAUAAGUGCUAUGAAAGAAACUGAGGUUACAAGCUUUUUUAAGGGAAUCAAGGUAAAGAACAUUAGUAACUCCAAGUCCCUUAAGAAGAUGAUACUGGAUGUUUUCUUGAAGCAGAAUAUCAUUUACGAGGCCAACGAGAAGAUAGCCGUAAGAAAUAAUAUGGAGGCUCUCGUGGAAAAUGAGGCUCUUGUAGCUGUGGCUAAAAAACAGAUAAAAUACAUGUGUGAAAUCAAGGCGCUUACACAUCGAUCCAAAGAUGACAAAUCAUUAAAGAUUCGAUUGAAGAGGGAAAACUUCUUUGGAAUAAAUAUUGGAGAAAACAUUGCAAAGCAACAGGGAAGUGAUUAUGAGGAAGUUGCAAAAAUGUGGAUAAAAAGUGAGGAGCACAAGAAGAAUAUUCUGGGAGAUUUUACUUUUACAGGAGUGUCUACCUGCAAAGAUAGCCAAUCUAAUAGAUAUUGGAUUCAAAUAUUUAGCAAAGGAAUUAGUAACAAGCAACUGCCAAACUAUCAAGACUAUCGAAUGCUUAAUAAAUAUAUUGAUGACGGAUAUUCUCCACAGAUGGAAAAUGAUAAAUAUGUCAUACUGUUGAAACCAACGGACAGCGAACAAGAUGGAGAUCAAAAGGAUAUUGGUGAAGACAAUAUCAAACCAAACAAUAAUGAUAGACUUGAUAAAUCGAAAAGGGCCACCUCAAUAUUGGACAUUUCUGAUAGAAAAAGAAAGGAUUUUGGGUAUGGAAUAAUUGAUCAAAGUCAAUCGGAAUGCACAGAUUCGAGACAUUGUCAGCCUGAAGUAUUGCAUCACCCGAAACACUCGGAACUGUUAGAAUGGAAACAAUUGGAACUACAUCAUCUGUUCCAUCCAAACUAUCAACGGAUAGCAAAGUGUCAACUAAUGGAAAUAUUGUAG